AUGCCAAGAGCCAAGCGUUACCAAAACUUGCAAAAGUCAGUUCAACUAGCAUCUACUUCACAAGGUGUAGCACAACCCUUAUCAACAACUGAGUCAACACCUUCACAUCUUGAUGAUAUGCCGCAUUUGGUAUCAUUUUCUCAACCGACACCUUCAGUCCAGGCCGCAGCACAUCAGACUGCAUCAGUUAGGACAACAUCACAGCCGGCCCCGUCAGUUCGGGCUGCAGCACAGCCGGCUCAUUCGGUUCAGGCCACAUCACAGCCGGCCCCAUCAGUUCGGGCUGCAGCACAGCCGGCUCAUUCGGUUCAGGCCACAUCACAGCCGGCCCCAUCAGUUCGGGCUGCAGCACAACCGGCUCAUUCGGUUCAGGCCACAUCACAGCCGGCCCCAUCAGUUCGGGCAGCAUCACAGCCGACACAAUCCAAAAGCGUCCUGGACGUGAGUGUUCGCAACAUUGGACAGUUGAUGCAAUAG